AUGUUGCGGUGUCGCAUAAGAGCCUCUGUGGCCUGGCAGUGGAAAAGUCCUCAUGCCCUGUUCACCUCGCUGUUUGUUCGUUACCACUCAUCUGCAAAAGAUAUACUUGCCGCCCAAGCACCCCAAAACCAGGCCCAUAUUAAAUAUGUCUGGAUCAACGGCGUGGAAGCUCUAGAGAGAUAUCAAUCUGGAGGCUACCACCCCAUCAUGAUUGGGGACAUCCUGCACAGGCGGUACCACAUUGUGGAUAAGCUGGGGUUUGGAGGAUAUGCGACAUUGUGGCUUGCUCGAGACAUCCAGCUAUCCCGAUACGUUGUUGUAAAAAUCAACGUCGCAGAUUCAAGCUUACGCGAAACAACGAUUCUUCGAAAAAUUUCGGCCCAAGAUCCCCCAUUCUCUACAACAGCCAAAUACUCAGGAGGCCGUGAUUUAAUAACCGUUCUCCUGGAUGAAUUCAAGAUCAAUGGCCCGAAUGGUGCACACCAAUGUUACACCAUGACUCCAGCACGGUGCAAUCUCCGAGAUGCAUCAUACAGUCGCUUGUUUCCGAUUGAUGUUGCGCGAGCAAUAUCAGCUUCUCUCGCACUCGCCGUUGCAUUUCUUCAUACACGAGGCUACAUCCAUGGAGACAUUCAUCUUCGUAAUGUUUUGGCCACUCUCCCUUUCAGUUUCGAUGAACUGUCGAUCGAAGAGUUCUAUGAAAAAUACGGGAAGCCAGAAACGGUUUCCAUUACUAGAUGUGAUGGGGGUUCGCUUCCUCUCAGCAUACCCACUAAAGCAGUAUUACCCCUCAGUCUUGAAAAGACUGCCUGGGACUUUACCUUGGCCGAUGCACAGGUGCUUCUGGGUGACUUUGGAGAAGCAUUUGCCGCUGCAGAACCUCGUUAUGGAGUGGAUUGCCACACCCCACUAUCUAUGAGAGCCCCCGAAGCUCGAUUUGAGCCCCACAGGCCACUGACAUAUGCAGCAGACAUUUGGAGUUUGGGUGUGGCUAUAUGGGAGCUUAUUGGCAUGAAGGCUAUUUUUAGCAGUGAAUUUAUCACGGAAGAUGAAAUGAUAUCUCAACGGAUCGAUAUUCUUGGGCCAAUGCCAUCAGAAUGGUGGGAUAAAUGGGAAGAAAGAGACCAAUUUUUUGAUCCGUGUCAGUACCCCAAAGACGGUCGGUACGUCUGGCCCGCAAUAGAAGAAGCUUUCCAAGAAGGGGUCCAGAAAUAUAGGCAACUGAAGCCAUACAUGGGCGUAUUCGACAAGGAUGAGAAAGCCGCUGUUCUUGAUUUGAUCCGUCGAAUGCUGAUGUUCAGACCUGGACAACGGCUUACAGUUGAAGAAGUGAUGGAGACUGAAUGGAUGGUUAAAUGGGCUUUGCCCGCCUUCGAACGCGCAAAGUUGGCUAGUUCCAGCAGAACAUGCUCCGCCUAA